CAUGGCAAGUUCAAAAAUGCCAAUAAUAAUAAAUUGUGGAAAAACAAUGUUUUCAUACAGAUUUGGUACAUUUUUGAAAAGUGUACAAUCGAUUGGAUUAAUAAAAUGUCGUCAAUAUAGUACAGAAAAUACUGCAGUAAAUAAAGAACGAGAUCCAGCACCGUUUUUCUUUAAUAAAGAAGUGCAAAAGUUGCUGAUGUCAAUGACAGGCCGUAAUUAUCAGAAAAUUUUCCGUCGCCGAAAAGACAGUAGUAAAUUGGCUUCUCCAGAAUAUAAAUUUAUGACUGACGAACAAUUAAAAGAAUCGAUGGAAAAGGCGGAGAGAAAAGCAACGAAACUGUUACAAAUGCCACCAGUUGUCAAGGAGAGACCGACAAUUGAUAAAGUUCUUUCGAAGGAUCCCGCAUUACAAGGACACGACACAGCGAAACUUGUCAUUACAGAUAUUACAUUCGGUAUUGAAAAUCACGACAGAUUAAUUGCCGUCAGAGAGACGGAUGGUACACUCAGACUUGCGGAUUGGGACGAGAGACACAGAAUGAAUCAAAUUUAUUUUCCAGUCUAUGGAAGGGAGAUAACUAUGCCAAAAAUGUUUGACCAAGAAUACCUAGAGGAUUUAUUUAGUCGAAAAGAAUAUAUUUUCAUUUUGGAUCGCGCCUGCAUCCAAAUGGACCCGGACGAUCCAAAAUAUCAAGAAGUAUCUCAAUCCACGUAUGAAUAUGUCGACAAAAAUGAAGACUAUGACAUUUUAAAAUCUACCAGGCACUUUGGACCAAUGGUUUUUCAUUUAGUGUGGAAUAAAAAUAUUUCAAAUCUAUUUCUCCAUAAUAUAAAAACGGAAAAUAUCGAAGAUAACGUUUCAUUAAUACAGCUUUAUAGAAAAUUGCAUUCUGACAUUAAUUACGAUAAUCUCGAAAUCGAGGACAAUGUUAAAUUUGUGGAAGAAUUUGCAAAAGAAGAAUUUUCGGAAACUAGUAUUAUACCAGCUUUACAAGCCUAUAAAGAACUUGUAAAAGAACGUGAAGAAUUGGAAAAGAAUAUCAAAAAAGCUCAUGGACUUGAAGAGUGACAUUUUUUUUAGUGCAAGAAUAAUUUAUGUAUAAUUACUGUUAUGACAAAUAAAUGGAUUUUCUAAGAGAAA